AUGUACUUCAAAAUGUACUUUUCCAUGUUCAUGACUCUGUGUUUAUUUGGCCACGUGGAAGCCAAAUGUCUUGCCAAUACUCCACCACAAGAGACAACUUCCAGUUCUGCUGGGGGCUGUAUGGAAACCUACACUCCAGAGUGUGGAAAUUUGACAUCACUUUUUGACUAUGAGUUUCUAACCCUUCUAACCUCUGAGCAAGAUGGGUGUACUGUGUUCUCAUGUCCUCGGGGAUUAAGACCGUUGGUUCACGCAUCGUUCGAAAACACCGAAUUGCCAAAACCUACUGAUAUAAUCCAAGACACUUUUAUCAUUGUUGCACGAUAUUCAUGGGGACAAGUGGAAGACAUGCUUAGUCAAUUUGGAAUUGAAUGUGAUGGCGAUAAGUGGAAGGUCACCAAAUAUCUUUUGGGAAUUCAUUAUGCGACUCCAGAUAAAGAAUUCAGAAAUCUUGGCAGAGAUGGUUCAUAUGACGGAAUGAAAACUGAAGUAAUGCAAAUGACCUGUUCCACCGCACAUCUACCUGGAGAUUGACUAUCACUUGAAACUAAUAAAUGAUAAAUCAAUGUUACUUUCGAAUGAAGCAUGUUUU